UUUCUUGAGAUUUUUUGCUUAUUUUCGUAUAAAUACUUCUUUGAUUAUAGAUGUGUUCCCAGGAAGCGAGUAUGUCUAAGCAUUAAUCAUAAAAGCUGUAAACAGUACGACUGCGUCGACAUAGAGCAAAAUUGCAACCUACAAUUAAAUUCUCCCGUCUGCGAUACCGAAAAUAUUGAACAUAACAAUCUAUGUUGGUUACUACAAAAACAAAAGCUUCUGGCAUAUUAUGGAAAAUGUAUGCAUCACUGCCGAAGUAACGGAGUGGUGUGUGGACACAACGGAGAGACAUACAAUAGCGAAUGUGCGGCGUGGGCCGAAAGAGUUUCGGUGGAUUACAUGGGCCCUUGUGUUGCCGUGGGAGCCUUCGACGGCUCUACAACUACGAGAUGUAACAGUAUCAAGUGUUCUCCUUUACCGUCUAAAUAUUGUCCGCACGUGUAUCCACCAGGAGGAUGUUGUCCGGUGUGUGGUGCGGCGUUACGUUUGUUAUUUACUCGAAAGAUGACAGAUUGGAUAGUGGAAACAAUCGGUAACGUAGAGCCAGUCGUGGUUCAAACACUGGCAGAGAAGUUACGCGAGCACGUAAAGAUCUUGGAGUGCGACGUCUUUGCGUAUCUGAGCGUAAAAUCGGACAUCAUAGCUCUGAUCGUCACCACAAUGGAUCAUCCCACUAAAGUUCAAAUCGAAUCUUGUAUAACGGAAGCUAAGAAAUUGGAAUCGCUGAUACAGAAAUCUUCUCCCACUCUGUUAACUGAUUUGUCCUUAUCGUUUAUUAGCGGUGCCACCAUGAUCGAACCCAUAAAUUGUUCUUAUAAAUUAGACAGUGCUGUGAUACUUCUGCAAUUGUUAACUGUUUUCUGGUGCUAUGUAUAUGUAAUAUAAAUAUUAGCA